AUGGCACGAUUGAACGCUUCAAACCCAACAGUCGUCUAUGGACGUCAGAGUCCGAAUGCCUCACGGACAGCAUCUACAACCUCCUCGACAUUUUAUAGAACAACCAUCUCAUCGCCACUAAAGCCCAAGCCCAAGCCCAAGCCCAAACCUAAGAAGAACAAUGGAUUCUCCGACUUCAAAAUAUUCGAAGACGAAGAAGAGUCAGACCACGACGAAGGAGAGAGGGCCGAUCCGUUUACCGAGUCCCCACGCACCAACCAGAAAAAUUCUAAGGCCCCGUUGAAGCUUACACACUCGAAUUCGAUUACUUCUGGUCUGUCGAAGCGGGCAUCUCAAGAUAGUAGCGGUUCUUCGUCCAGAAGGUCACGAUCUGGUAGUGAAUCAGAGGAAGAAGAAAAUUCAGACAAAGAGAACCUUUUCUUUGACGACGAGGCUGAGGAAGUAUCCGACAACUCAGAAGAGGAAGAUGAUGAGGAAGAAGAGGAAACGGGUUUGCACGAAGAUACAAAUCUAGAAGCAGACAACACUUUGGGUGAAAAUGUGUAUGAUGGAAGAUCCGAGUCAGAGGCUCAAGAGCCUAGUUUUAUGCGAUAUAGAGAGCCAAAACUGAAAGAGGAAUCAGACGAAUCUGAGCCAGAAGUGAGCGACAACUCAGAUGGGUAUAACUCUCUCGAUGACUUCAUUGUCAGUGAUAAUGAAGACUUGAGUUACCAUGAUGACGGUCUCGAAGAUGAAGAUGAGGACGAAGAGGAGCAGAAAGUCAAGCUUCCCACUCCAAAGCCCAUUCGAAGGAGACUUCUGAGGGGACGAAAACCACGAACCUCGAGCAUAAGCUCACAAACUCAAAAGCUCAACAUCUCAAACGAAGCUCACUCACCAGCCACCACAAAGGCAACCCCGCCCCAUAGAUCUUCUCAUAAACCAACUACUCCGCGUUUCUCUUCUCCUUUUACUCGCUUGCUACCCAAUGAGAGCCUUGACGAAGAGGGCGAACCCACCAAGUACAUCAAACCCAAAAGAAGCCCGCUUCGUGAGAGCAUCAACUCUAUCACAUCUUCUCCUGGCUCUACGAGAAAACAGCAAGUGAACAAGAUGCAGACUCCUCCGUGUAGUCCUACUAAAACACUACGGCCAUCUCCGUCAAAAACCAAAAUACCUCCAUCUCCUCAUCGUCCAAGCUCCGAUGCGUUCUGGAGUCAGGAACUUACUAAUGCCUGGAAUGAUCAGUGGUCACCUCCCAAGCAGAAAAAUAGAAGCAGGGCUCUAGAGCGUCUACUUGCCUUAGAGGAAGUCGAAAAGGCCGAUUUCAGAGCAGAUACAGACAACAUGCCUGUAGACAAGGACUUGAGUGAGACUCCAGUCAAGAGCCCUAGCAAAACCGCCAUCAAGAAGGCAGAAAUUGCUCAAAGGAAAGCUGCUGCUGCGCGCAAGAAGGAAUUCGACGACAGAAAAACGUCACUCGCUCAGGAAUUCUUACUGGCACUUGACGAAGCCAUUACAGGCGGUCAAAUCAACGAACUCGCACAGAGCACAGGAGGCGUCAAAAUCGAAUGGAGCAAAACAUUGCGCAGCACAGCAGGACGUGCCAAGUGGAAGCAAGAAAAGUUCAAGCAGGCAGAUGGAGGUUUCAGAUACAUUCAGCACGCCUCUAUCGAGCUUGCUGAGCGAAUCAUUGACGACGAAAAUCGACUGCUGAACACACUGGCACACGAAUACUGCCAUCUUGCAAACUACAUGAUUUCCAAAAUUCGUGAUCAACCCCAUGGCACUAGUUUCAAAGAAUGGGGUCGCAAAUGCGUCGACGCAGUGCAACAGCACCCCAUUUACAAACACUAUCCCAUCGAAGUGACUACGAAGCAUUCCUACGAAAUCGACUACAAAUACGUCUGGCUCUGCAUUGACUGCGGUCAUAAGUACGGAAGACACUCGAAGAGCAUCGAUCCAACAAAGGCAAGAUGUUCCCUUUGCAAGGGAGGAUUGCAGCAAGUGAAGCCCAAGCCACGAAACGUGUCGCCCAAGAAGAAGACGCCUGUCAGCGACAAUGCAUCCCCCCAGAAGGUGACUGUGCUUGGGGAGAAUUUUGAUGAUAUGUUGGAGAGUCUUGGAAAUGCCCAUCUGAAUUGA